CCCGCCCCCCCCGCCUGCCGCUGGUGCCCCGCGCCCGACUGCGGGUACGCAGUUAUUGCCUACGGCUGUGCCAGCUGCCCCAAACUGACCUGCGAGAGGGAAGGCUGCCGGACAGAGUUCUGCUAUCACUGCAAGCAGAUAUGGCACCCCAACCAAACCUGCGAUAUGGCCCGUCAGCAGAGGGCCCAGACGCUGCGGGUACGGACGAAGCACACCUCAGGCCUCAGUUACGGACAGGAGUCCGGACCAGCUGAUGACAUCAAGCCAUGUCCACGGUGCAGCGCUUACAUCAUCAAGAUGAAUGAUGGGAGCUGCAAUCACAUGACCUGUGCCGUGUGUGGUUGCGAGUUUUGCUGGCUGUGCAUGAAGGAGAUCUCCGAUUUGCAUUACCUCAGCCCUUCCGGCUGCACCUUCUGGGGCAAGAAGCCAUGGAGCCGUAAGAAGAAGAUUCUCUGGCAGUUGGGCACGUUGAUUGGUGCCCCAGUAGGCAUUUCCCUCAUUGCUGGCAUUGCCAUUCCUGCCAUGGUCAUUGGGAUCCCAGUCUAUGUUGGAAGGAAGAUCCACAGCAGGUAUGAGGGCAAGAAGACCUCCAAGCACAAGAGAAACUUGGCUAUCACUGGCGGCGUCACCCUGUCUGUCAUUGCCUCCCCAGUCAUUGCUGCUGUCAGCGUUGGUAUUGGUGUCCCCAUCAUGUUGGCCUACGUCUACGGUGUCGUGCCCAUUUCUCUCUGCCGCGGCGGUGGCUGCGGGGUCAGCACAGCCAACGGGAAGGGCGUGAAAAUAGAGUUUGAUGAAGAUGAUGGGCCAAUUACAGUGGCGGACGCUUGGCGGGCCCUGAAGAACCCCAGCAUUGGCGAGAGCAGCAUCGAGGGGCUGACCAGCGUGCUGAGCACCAGCGGGAGCCCCACGGAUGGGCUCAGCGUCAUGCAGGGCAACUACAGCGAGACAGCCAGCUUCGCUGCCCUCUCAGGUGGCACCCUGAGCGGUGGAGUCCUCUCCGGAGGGAAGGGGAAGUACAGCAGGCUGGAGGUGCAGGCGGAUGUCCAGAAGGAGAUUUUCCCAAAGGACUCGGUCAGUCUCGGGGCAAUCAGUGACAACGCCAGCACUCGGGCGAUGGCAGGCUCCAUCAUCAGCUCGUACAACCCCCAGGACAGAGAAUGCAACAACAUGGAGAUCCAGGUGGACAUUGAGGCCAAACCCAGCCACUACCAGCUUGUGAGCGGUAGCAGCACGGAGGACUCUCUCCAUGUCCACACCCAGAUGGCAGAGGAGGACGAGGAGGACGAGGAAGGUGAGGAGGAACAGGAGCAGACCUGCAAACACCAAAACUGUGAGCGGAAGGACUGCGUUGCCAGCAAAACCUGGGACAUCACCCUGGCGCAGCCCGAGAGCAUACGGAGCGACCUGGAGAGCUCCGACAGCCAGUCAGACGACGUGCCAGACAUUACCUCGGACGAAUGCGAGUCCCCCCACUCUCAGACUGCUGCCUGCCCCCGGACCCCGAAAGCCAGAGGUGCUGAGAGCCCAAGUGCCCACAUGAGCCACUGUGCCCAAGCCGAGGGCUGCAGGCCGGAUGAUGUGCUCUCUCACAUGGAGUGCAUUGAAGCCAGAGUAUGAAGCUGCCUCUUCCUGAAGAGCACACUUGCUGUCGCUGCGUUUGGGGGCGGGGGCUGGGAUUGCGUCCUCCUUGGCUUCUGUUUCCGAAUCUCUGUCGCUCCCCCAGCCCGGCCCUGGGGAGAUGCCAUUUCUUACGUGACAAAGCCCCCCCUGCCCCCUCUGUUUUAAUUUAUUGACCCCAACGCUUGUUGGUGCUCUGUGCGAGUGUACAUAUGUAUGUGUGUGUCCUGUGUGUCUGCAAACAUACUGAAGGACUGUUUUAAUAAAGACUUCCAUUGUCAUUGGA